AUGAUUAGUAGGAACGACCUCGCUCACUUGUUCCGCAACCCAGGCCCCAUUGUCCAUCCACAACACCCCGUCGCGCAACCCCAGUACAACAGCGCCAGUAUCCAGGCCACCCAGCGCGCCGAAGCUGAGCGUCGCGAAAAGAUGCGCCGCAUCGCCAAGAACCCGACCGACAAGAACAUCCCCGAGGGCGUCGAAGAUGUGUGCAUCGGCGACGGCGUGGCUCGCUACAAGGAAUUGCGCGAGGUCGAGCGCACCCUAGACGCGACCAUGAUGCGCAAGAAGCUCGAUGUCAUGGACUCCAAGCACCACUCGCGCGCAUCGCGCUAUGGGACUAUGCGCAUAUGGAUAUCAAACACGGCUGAAAACCAGCCUUGGCAGAGCAGCGGCAUCGACGCCGACGCUUUCGACUUUGAGAGCGAGAACAACGCCACGUACCGCGUGAAGAUCCAGGGCCGCCUGCUCGAUGAGGAGGGGGACGAGGGUCUCGAAGAGGACGAGGAAGAAGAAAAGGACGCCGAUGCCAUGGACGAAGAUGGAGCCGAAUCUAAGCCAGCUGCAAAGCCGAAGAUGUUCUCACAUUACUUCACGUCCAUCAACAUUGACUUCGACCGUGCCAAGAGCUUACAACCCGACAACUUCACCCAGAUCGAGUGGAAGCGACCCGAGAACCCCACUGCAAAAGAGGCCAACUUCAGCGAACUCGAAUUUGAGCGAAAAGGCGACGAGAACAUCAACAUCACCAUCAAUCUCCAGCGGUACCAGAACCCCGAGGUAUUCCGCUUGAGCAAACCGCUCGCCGAGCUUCUGGAUACCGACGAGGAGGACCGGGCCGGUAUUCUCAUGGGCAUUUGGGAGUACGCUAGGUCACAGCAUCUACAGCAGGAAGAGGACGAGCGCAAAUUUGCAUGCGACGCUAGACUGAAAGCUCUGUUUGGCGGCCAGGAUCAUUUCUUCUUCCCGAACCUGCCUCAGCUCAUCAAGCAGCACCUAACCACACUCCCACCCAUCCAACUACAGUACACCAUACGAGUCGACAAGGAUUACAUCUCACCACCCGCCGACUCCGGCAGGGCUCCCUCCGAGCCUACCGUAUACGAUGUUCAGGUAGCGCUUGAGGACCCGAUGCAGCCUUUGUUCCAGGACAUACUCCGCCGGCCAGACAGCAUCCAAACCCUCCAAGAAAUUCAAAAGAUCGAUGAGCAGCUUGUGCUAUUGAUGGGCGCAAUCGGCCAAUCCAAGGCAAAGCACGCCUUCUUUACCAGCAUGUCAAAGGAUCCAGUGACCUUCUUCAAGCGCUGGCUGUCCAGCCAAAAGCGAGAUCUGGAGGUGCUUCUCGGCGAGGCCACUCGCGGUGGUGGGGAAGAUGUUUCGGGUGAGGAGUGGCGACGAGGAGGGGCUGACGGCGUAUGGGGCAGUGAGGUCGCGAAGGAAAGUGUGGCAUUGUGGUUGGCGAGGUCCAAUAUCAAGCCUCAUUAAGCCGGAGCCAUGACUAGCAUGUGAUUUAUUUCUGUUAAGUUGGAGGAGUUCAACCUCGAGUAUGGGAAAAUCAUCCUAGGGCAGGAUGGAAAAGCGGCGUUCAUAUCCGAUACCCAAACAUCAGUUUCAUCUCGAUGUUCCUGCCA